AAUUAGUGAACAUAAAGAAUAAUGGACAGAAUUCCAAAAAUAGCAAACAUGUUAAGAAUGAACGACCAGGAUGAUGAAAUCACAAACGAUCCGACGGAAGAUCUCAAUCUCUUACGACUAGAGUCUACCCAGACAAUUGAAUCGAUAUUGUCAGUCCAACCAAUGAAGAAAUAGACUCUCCUCCGUUCCGAAGUUCAGAGGUACCAGAAAGACAAUCCGAACCAAGAAGAUAAGGAAGUACUCUCGGAAGAAGAUCGAUCGAGUGCGCAUAAGCAUCGAUGAAAUCGACGAAGAGCCUGCAGAAGAGCUCACAGAUCAACAAAAACUCAUGAAGGAAACCUUCAAUCUUGAUCUUAAUAAUAUGCCUCCGAAUAGCAACAAUAGGGAGAUCCUUGAUUUCUCUCCUGAAAGACAUAGAGACAAGUGGAAGGUGAUCUAUAAUUCAUUGUUUAACUCUGAGAAUGACAAAGGGCUUAUCAUGAAAAGAUUCCUUGAUUACCAAAAGAGACUUAAGAAUUGUAAAUAAACAAGUUGAAAAAUCUCCAACAAAAAGGAAACGGCUUCUUUCCUUAAUGGAUUCUUCUGAUAUUCAAACUGCUCAAGAUAAAGAUGACAAGACAUCUAGCAAGGGUAGAAAGAGUGCUAGCCGUAGAGGCUCUAUUAAGCCAACAGCAACAGAGAAAGGUAUAGACCAUUUUAUUUCUGUCAGAAAUAUUACCCAAAUGAGAGAAAAGAUUGAUGAGCUUUCUAAAAACUUCGAUAAGAAUGAAGUCAAAGAGUUCAAGAGACUUAUUGGUAUCAAAACUCAUAACAAGACCUCAAGAAGCUGUCUUCAGCAUACAAAGAUUCAAUCAAGAAUUAAGGCAGAAAUAAUAGCUCACAAUCGAAAUAUCCACAAGUUCAACUACCACUGUAGCUCCUCAAGGCAAAAAUCUAAGAGUGCUUUCAGGCUUUCAGGAGGACUAAUUGAUUUGAAAAGGAUACCAAAGAAUUCCUAUAACGUUUCCCAAGAAAUAGUUGGUGGGGUUGCAAACCUUCAACAUAUUAGAAACCAGAAUGAAUACCUCCAGAGCCAGGGUAAGAUUCUGAAGGGAUUUCGGAAUGUCCCAAACUCAAGUCUGUUUAUAAACAAAGACACUUCCAUCUGUUCAUGGAAAAACUGCAGUCAGGAAUUUCAGCAGAAUAAGUGAGUUGAGAUAGACAAGUUUAGCAAUUGUUUGAGAAAAGAGCGGAAACCUUCCAAGUUCAUUGAUCCAAAAGGGCAAAAUAAAAACAUCGGAAUUAUUAGAGCCAAAUCCCAGAAUAUGACUCGCUCAAACCUUGCAAGCGGUAAAGCAGUCGUUGAUUUAUCAUCAACCUUUAAAACCCGCUCGAAGGCUGCAGCUAAAAAAUCCAAGAAAAGAUAUUGUUCUAAGAAUAACAGGCAGCUCUCGAAGUUACUCAAGAAUAUAAGAAAUGAGCCCGAUCUUGAAUUACGGAAAAUGAUGGAGAGAACUGUUGGUGGAAUCAAACUAGGCAAAUCUCUAAAACUACAUAAAGACUCCAAGUACAAAAUCAAUCAGCAAAAAUUAAGAAAGAUCUCUAUCCUUAGCUAUCAUCAGAACCACAACACUUCAAAGACAUAA